CCUGAACUACAACAUAUACAUUUGAAAUAGUAAAAUUGUCAAUUAAAAUAUAAUCAAACCCAAACAAAUAGAGAUUAUUAUUAUCUGACUGAAUGCUUGCUUUCUAUUUUAUAUUAUUAUAGCCUUGGUAGAAGAUGUUCGGCUAAGCUCAGCAGAGAGACUUGCAAGGGAUAUGUAUAAAGGUUAGCGCAGCAGGUCCAUUACUAUUAAAAUUAGUAAAAUUUAUCUCUAUUUAAAUAAUCCAUUUGCACUCGAUAUGUCACUAAUUGAGAAAAAUGUACUUAGGUUUCUAUCAAAAUCUCUAUCUUUUUAUUCAGUACAAAGAGAAGACUGUUGCACACAAUUGUGUCUAAAAAAAAUGGAUCUUAUUGAAAUGUGCAUCGUCAGAAAGAAUCUUAGGGGCCGAAACAAUCUCCAACUUCGUCAGUAUGUGCUUGACUUCUUGUGGGAACAUGCCAGGCCUAAUGAUUCAAGAAAUCUUGAGAACAUGGCAUUUUUUUUGAGUGGUUUCAAAUUGUGUUGCACUGCAUUUAAAAAAGUGAUAGGAAUAACUGAAAACUCCUUUGAUACAACAACAAAGGACUUCACUAAUGGUGUAAGGGAGCUGACAAAGACAAGAACCAGGAGAUUGUCAGAGAAGCGCCUGCUUACAGAAAACUGGAUGGAACACUAUUUCAAAGUGGUUGGAGAUAAGAUGCCAAAUGCUGGAACAAUUCAUCUGCCUAGCUAUCUGGAUAAAAGGGCUAUAUAUAAAACAAUGAGCGAUGAGAUGAAAGAUAAAGGACAACAGCCAACUCAUUACAGUGUAUUCUGCAAACUUUUUCACACAGUUUUCCCUCAUGUUAAAUUCCCUAAGGUGCUUUAAACAUUCUUGUGAUUAUAAAUAAUA